AUGGCCUCCAAUCCUCCCGGUCAAUGCUGCGUCACGGGCAUGAAACAUGAAGGCGAGCCGACUGGACAGAGCUUCAAAAUCGACGGUUAUGAUGCCUAUCUAGCAACAGCUCAUGGACCCAGAGCCCACGAAGGUGUCGCCCUUCUUCUUCUCACCGAUGUCAUUGGUAUCUGGCAAAAUAGCAAGCUGGUUGCCGACCAGUAUGCAAGCUAUGGCUACACAACUCUGAUCAUUGAUAUUUUCAAUGGAGAUGCCUUGACUCUGAACCGUGCGGACAAUUUCGACUUCUUUUCGUGGCUCAAGGGAGGAUCCACAGGCGACAACCCGCAUACCAGCGAUGCUAUCGAUCCCAUCGUCAAGUCUGCGGUCAAAUAUCUGAAAGAGAGGAAAGGCGCAACAGCAAUUGGGGCCGCUGGGUAUUGCUUUGGCGCCAAGUACGCCGUUCGACAUUCUCCAGAUAUCAAAGUCGGAUUCAUCGCCCAUCCAUCUUUCGUGGAAGAAACAGAGUUGCAAAGUUUCCAGGGACCCCUCUCCGUGGCUGCAGCUGAAAAAGACGACAUCUUCCCAGCCGAAAAGCGGCAUCUGAGCGAGCAGAUUCUGGCCAAAAAGGGGCUUCCGUACCAGAUGAGUCUUUACAGUCAGGUCGAGCAUGGCUUUGGACUGCGUGCUGAUCACACCAAUAAGAUCAGCCGCUUUGCCAAAGAGCAGGCUUUCUAUCAAGCCAUUGCAUGGUUUGAUGCUUGGCUAGCCUAG